GCGGGGCGCGUGAGGAGGAGCCGGCGGCCGUUGGGGCCGUUGGCGCUGCCCGCGGAGCCGCCGCCGGCCGAGCGCAACUGACUUGUCAGCAGAGUUGACACCUGUGCCUGGAGUAGCAGAAUUCGCUAAGUCUACUGUAUAAGAACUGUAUCCUCAUCUGCAGCUGCUGAGCGGAGUCUGCUGCGUUGUCUCCGAUAGAGCUGCAAGUAUGACUUGAGGGACUCGCAUUCAUGGCUCUUGGAUAACUUGGUGAACCAUGGAGCUCAAAGUAUGGGUAGAUGGAGUCCAGAGAAUCGUGUGCGGGGUCACCGAAGUCACAACAUGCCAGGAAGUUGUAAUAGCCCUUGCUCAGGCUAUUGGUCGCACCGGCAGGUACACGCUGAUCGAGAAAUGGCGGGACACGGAGCGGCACCUGGCGCCGCACGAAAACCCCAUCGUGUCGCUGAACAAGUGGGGACAGUACGCCAGCGACGUGCAGCUCAUCCUGCGCCGCACCGGGCCCUCCCUGAGCGAGCGGCCCACUUCGGACAGCGUGGCUCGCAUCCCCGAGAGGACUCUGUACCGGCAAAGCUUGCCUCCCCUGGCCAAGCUGAGGCCUCCCGGAGACAAAUCCAUGAAGAGGAGGGAGCCGAAAAGGAAAUCCCUCACCUUCACCGGGGGGGCCAAAGGGUUAAUGGACAUCUUCGGGAAAAGCAAAGAAUCCGAGUUCAAGCAAAAGGUGCUCAACAACUGUAAAACAACGGCGGAUGAGCUGAAGAAAUUGAUCCACCUCCAGACGGAGAAACUUCAGUGCAUUGAGAAACAGCUGGAGUCCAACGAGGCUGAGAUCCGCUACUGGGAACGAAAGUGUAACUCCAGCCUGGAAGAAGAGAUCCUCAAGCUAGAGCAGAAGAUCAAAAGGAACCAAGUGGAGAUUGAAGAGGAAGAGUUCUGGGAAAACGAGCUGCAGAUGGAACAGGAGAAGGAAAAACAGCUGAAGGAGCAGCUGCAGGAGAUGAGGCAGAGGAUCUUGGAGUGCGAGAGCAAGCUGAAGGACUACCUGUCUCAGAUCCACAACAUGGAGAGCGGCCUGGAAGCAGAGAAGUUGCAGCGGGAAGUUCAAGAGUCCCAAGUGAAUGAAGAAGAGGUCAAGGAAAAGAUCGAGAAGGUGAAGGGUGAAAUAGAUAUUCAGGGCCAGCAGAGUCUGAGACUGGAAAAUGGCAUUAAAGCUGUGGAAAGGUCUUUGGGCCAAGCUACCAAACGGUUACAGGACAGGGAACAAGAACUGGAGCAGCUGACAAAGGAGUUGCGACAGGUCAAUCUCCAGCAGUUCAUCCAGCAAACAGGAACCAAGGUGACGGUGCUGCCAGCAGAGCCCGUGGAGGUGGAGGCCCCGCACGUGGAGCUGGAGAGAGAGCCAACAUUUCAGUCCGGGUCACUGAAGCGCCCUGGUUCAUCGAGGCAGCUCCCCAGUAACCUGCGGAUCCUACAGAACCCCCUGUCCUCUGGCUUUAACCCGGAGGGCAUUUAUGUAUGACAGUACAUACCUCUUCUGGAGAAGAUCUAGCAAGGUACCCUGGACAAGAUACACUUUGGUUUUAUUCUGCCAAUGAUGAAUGGAAGAAGAUUUUUGUGUGUGUGUGUUAAGCCACCGUCGUAUUUUUUUUUCUUCUUCCUCCAACACACCACUUGGAGCCAUACCUGUGCACUGAUGCUAAAGAGACAGAGGAACUGUCUCGAUUCAUAAUUCGCAAGAAUGAACUUGCUGUGAACACAACUAGAGUGCAAAAACCUUCCUUGUUUUUGCCACUUCAGAAGUGUUUUGGAAAGUAUUAUUCCAUGUAUAGGCAUAAAUAAAAGACCGAGGGUGAAGGAAACCAUGUAUGCAACGUAUCUGAGGUUUAAUUUAUUCCCUUUAAUCAAUGGACGUGUGAAUGUUGACCUUUUAUAUUUUUAUUUUUAACUUGUGAAUAAUCACAUAUGGCUGUAUGUCAGUCUGACAAGGUGACUUUAAUUUGCGUGAACAACUCUCCACCAUUUGAUCAAGUACAACUUGCAAUGCAGAGUUCUGUGGAGUGCUGAACCAUUAAAAUGGUUUCUCACCACUGACUUUGUUAAUUUCUGUUGUGGGUCAUAAUAGGUCAUGUUCCAUCCAUUGCUCCCUUUUAAGGCUGAAAAAGUGAGCUUGUGGAUUUGACUUGCUGUUGACUCUGCCUUGAAUGAAGCACCUAGUGUUCAAAAGAUUUAUGGAAUUUAAACCUUGGCUUGGUAAAAAUAUUUCCAGCAUAUGAUUAUGGAGGAUGCACUAGUUAGAUGAUAUUUUAUUAUAUAGAAUGUAUAUUUGAAAUAUUUUGCCACAUUGUAUAUGCCUUUUGAGAAAAGAAUAAUGUAAGAAGUUAUCUUCAUCUAUCUUACCAAAAGAGAGUAGCAGGCUUUCACUGUGUGUCAUUUUAUAGUUUUAUUUUUUCCACUAGCCAUUACAGUGUUCUUGUUUUGCGGUAAAUCUUGGCUAUUUGAGAAGAAAAAAAACCCACAAAACAAAUGAGCAUUCCCUUCCAGCCUUCCAGAAUUCACUCAAGUUUUGUGGAGGGAAGAAACCUGGCAGGGAGUCCCAUCAAGUCAAUAGCAGAGCUCCUCCUGACUUGAGUGGGGCCAGGAUUUCAUUCCAGGUCCCCAAGUGUUAGAUGGUAGACCUUUAGCCGCUUUGAAAAACAUACUGCUGCUCAGUCACUUACAGAAUAUAAACCUUACAAACAGGAAAUUCAUACACUUGGUAGGAAUUUUUUACAAAAAAAAUGUGAAAAGAGAACAUGAUUGUAUCUUGAUGUCACACUAAGGAUGAGACAAAAUGGCUUCCAUGCAGAAAGUAAGUACACUAUCAAGUAGCACGUUGGUUACAGGCCUUGAAAUUAAAUUGCUAAAGUGGACACCAAGUUUGUAGAGAAAGUGACUGGCAUCAGUGAGGCACUUGGUAUAUGUUAGGACUUCAUGGAUGAGUUACAGAAGGGAUGGGCCUUGCCUAGUUGCAUUUGGAUUUCCUGUUCUAACAGCAACUCCUACUUGCCAAGCCCACCUUUGACAGGAGAGGGGGUCACCAUGCUUUCACUGCAGGAUUGAAUGCCUUGACUUCCAUCGGUGGCAAAAUGACAGAAUUCCUACUGUCUUUGGUAGGGUCAGGACUUUACCACUGGUAGGAAACUCCAAGCUUUUUGCCAUAGAUAAUACUUCAGAAUUCUUACCUCCUAGCCUCCUCUUGUGUUGAUUUAUUGAUGUGCAGGUAAAUGUUAAUUUAAGUGUCAUUUUUUUUUUAAAAGGAGCUUCCUGACAAAUGGAAGUUUAAAAAGAUACAGUAGAAGAUGAAGGACUCGAGUGUAAUGCAUUUUUAUUUCCCUUUCCACUUAUUAAUGGCAACAUAUAUUCUAAAAGUGCUGCUGUAUUUAGACUAACAGCAACAAACAAGGCUGUAUAUAUAUAUAAAGGACCUUUCCAAAUGGAUUCUCAAUUUUUACCGUUUAACUUAUCAGGUCUUUUUUUUUUUUCCCCUUCCUUGUGAGCAAACUGGAAAAUGAGGUGUUCCUACCUGAGGAACCUUUGCAGUGCUCACAGGUUUUACUGUUCGUUUAUCACAACUCGAUGCUCAUGUUUACUGUGCCCGUAACUUUGUAUUAAAAAUAUAUAUAAAAAAUGUAUAUUAAAAGUGUAAAAUAUACAUAGUUUGGGGACAAUAUCUGUCCAAGGUACUUGAGCAUAUAUGCCUUACAUUCUGGGUUCAAUUUACAGAAAUAAAAUGGCCCUCUCCAGUGGAUAACUUGCAACUUCAGCACCUCUUGAUCUUAGAGAACUGAGGCACUCAGCACCUUGCAAAGUCUGGCCCAAAUUAUGCUGCAUGGGGGUGGAGGGAAACACGAGGAAAAAGCCUGUUGCAAUUUCAGUCUUGUACUGAGAUAAAAUAUUUUUAAGGCAGAUCAGCUUAUUUACCCAGCUAAUGUUUUAUGUCAUACUUUGUGACUGAUCCAUCUCCCACAGAUGUCAGUUUGAGCUGAACUGGGCUCUUGCAUCAUUAAAAACUGCUCUCUUUCUCUGCCCGGUUAUUCUUUAAGAUGGAGAGAGGAGGAAAGGAAAAGGAUUAAAAAGAAGGGGAAGAGCAGUUUUGGAGGGCUUGAGUUACAGCUUCGUAAUAAUAGAAUCAAGGAAGGAAUUUGCCAUUUAAGUUAAAAAAUAGCCAGAAGUGCCAGUCUGGAGCUGGCUUGGGAGCUGCCACUGCAUCAUCACUGACUGGCCCCUCCUUGUCAGGACUUUAGCAGAUGUCAAGGUGAUCUGGAAAACAUUUACAGCUUCAGCCACUGUUGUGGCAAAGGAGAGGCUUUAGUAUCCAAACCUGUCAUUUGGGAGACACUGACAAAUUCCCCUGCCCCCACCACGCUCCUCUCACUUACUGCAUUUCACGCAGGCUAAAGUUCUGCAGCAUUUUCACCCUCUCUGUAAAUAAACCAAAAAGAAAUGGCAUGUCCUUGCAUUAAAUGUGAAUUGAACAAAGUAUUACAGUUAUAAAAAUUCCUCACAUUACAGCGUUAAGAAUUUUGCUUCAGAUCAACUGCAAAAAUCUCACUCUUUCUUUUACAAAUGUAGAAAAACGCAUUUUCAGAAGUGUUUCAAACCUACUUAUGGGGCAUUAGCAGAAAGGAAGUUACACAUACUAAUUUUAACAAGUGCCAUAUUAUUUACUGGCCAGCAUGAUAAAAAUGGGGUUUUUUUGCUUGCGUUAAGUAGUUGAAUACACAAGCACUAUUUUCCAGUGCACAGGGAAUUUAUAUGGAGAGCUCUGUAAUUUAUUACUAACAGAAAUCAGCUGUGUUACCUCUCUCAUCCAUGAGGAUACAGUUUAUUUUUGCUGGUGAGGCUAUGUUGUUAGGGGGAAAAGGGGAGGGUUGACCAUUUGAAAAGCCAGUAGGUUAAGGCUAAAAUAUACCUUCUGAAUGCCCCAGCAACGGAGAAACCCAAGUCCCACUCUGAAAAGUCAGCUAGAAACCUGCCUCCUGAUAUCUCUCGGUGGGACUUGGGUUCCCAAGUGCCUGAAUUGCUUCUGGAAAUGGUAUGUUAGCUUUGAGAUUACUUGCUUUUCUAAACCCUAGCAAGUUGGAAGGAGGAAGCUCUUGAAGAAGAGAACUACCACUAGCAUUAGCAAUAUGCAAAUAGACUUUCAUUGUGAGGUAAGAGGGGAAAAAGAUCCUCUAGUGAAAUAAAAAAUCUCCUCUUGGGGCAAUAAUUGCCUUGUUUUUAGCGUGAAGAGUAUUGCUUUAUUUUAGUGAACUGGGAUCGUGUGAGUAUGAGAAAAAAAAAUUGAUCUUGUAAUUUUUAGUGAGUUAUCUUGAAGCAUAUAAAUUCCUGAUGUGCAUUAACUUGAGUGAAUUGGGCCUUAAUGAUCCAUGUAAAUAACAAAACUUUAUUCAGAUAUUUUUUCCAGAAAAUAGUCUCUAAUGGUCUGUACUGUAUUAAAACAAGUGUCAAAGUGUUACUUUUAUAUUACACUUUUUUUUUUUUUU